AUCUCUUUAGCUUUAAACUGUCCAACUCGCAACUCGCGUUUCUCUAUAAGGGAUCUUUACCACUUCCCUGCCUAUGCGGCCGGAGCGCCGUGCCUCUCCCCAGCAGAGACAACCGCCUUCCAGGCACUGCCCAGACUGCUUCCGACACCCUUAAAAUAAUACUGCAGCCCGGCGCCCCUGCCAUGGAUUCCUUUAAAGGUGGAAUGAAUUUGGAGAGACUGCCUGAGAGCUUGAGACCCCAACCCUCCCAUGACAUGGCUUCCAGCUUCCAUUUGCAAAGAUCCUCGGAACCCAGAGACCCGAUCGACAACUCAGCCAGUGAAUCCUCCGACACGGAGGUGCCAGAAAAAGAGCGAAGCGGCGAGCAGAAAAACGAAGACGGGGCCGCCGACGACCCGGCGAAGAAGAAGAAGCAGCGGCGGCAGCGGACCCACUUCACCAGCCAGCAGCUGCAGGAGCUGGAGGCCACCUUCCAGCGAAACCGCUACCCCGACAUGAGCAUGAGGGAGGAGAUCGCCGUGUGGACCAACCUCACCGAGCCCCGAGUCCGGGUCUGGUUCAAGAACCGCCGAGCCAAGUGGAGAAAGCGGGAGCGGAACCAGCAGAUGGACCUGUGCAAGAACGGCUACGUGCCGCAGUUCAGCGGGCUGAUGCAGCCCUACGAUGACAUGUACGCCGGCUACCCCUACAACAACUGGGCCACCAAAAGCCUCACCCCGGCGCCGCUCUCCACCAAGAGCUUCACCUUCUUCAACUCCAUGAGCCCCCUGUCCUCGCAGUCCAUGUUCUCGGCGCCCAGCAGCAUCCCCUCCAUGAACAUGCCCUCCGGUAUGGGCCACUCGGCCGUGCCGGGCAUGGCCAACUCCGGCCUCAACAACAUCAACAACAUCAGCGGCUCCUCGCUCAACUCGGCCAUGUCCUCGCCCGCCUGUCCCUACGGGCCGCCGGGCUCGCCCUACAGCGUCUACCGGGACACUUGCAACUCCAGCUUAGCCAGCCUCAGACUGAAAUCUAAGCAGCACUCCAGUUUCGGCUACAGCAGUUUGCAAAGCCCCGGCUCUAGUUUAAACGCCUGUCAGUACAACAGUUGACGGACUUGACACAAACCACCUCCGACAAAGCACCGCCGACAAAGCAAAGCAGAAGCGAAGCGACGUUUAACGGAAAAGAAAAAAAAAUUUAUUAAACCCGAUGAUGAUUAAAAGCAAAACCCAAGCAAGUGAGAGAGGGGAAAAAAUAAAAUAAAGCACACACACACCCUCCCGCCCCCCCCCAAAAAGGCCCAAAAUCUCCGCGGACUUCGACUGUCUAGGAAAAAAAAAAAAUAAAAGGCAAAACAACGAUACAACCAACAAAACAGCGCUUUAAAAAUAUUUUUUAAAACAUUUAAAAGAAAAACCACCUCCAUCUAAAACCGUAAACGGACCAGCAAACUUUUGCGAGAGACACCGAAAUCUGGUACAUGGAUGAGUUGCAAUUUUUUUCUCUGGAUUAUGCGGGUUGUAUGUGUUUACUUGAACUUGCACAGGAGUCGGUACGGCGGCCGCUGCCCCGCGGGGAGGGCGGCAGGAGGGGACGCCUCGGUGGUAAGAGCUGGUGGGACGGUUCUUGGCCGCUUGUCGCACGGGAAGAGUUUGGUUAAUGUUUACCACUGAGAAACAGAAUCACACUCGGAAAAAAAAAAUAAUAAAAAGGUUGGGGGAUGAGGGGAGGGAAAAAAAACCAAAAUCAAAUCGCAGAGUAGAAUCUGCAGGGGGAAAAAUGGUUGAAAUAUUAGGUAUGAAACUAUUAAAAUAAUAAUGACAAGGGUCAACCACUUAUAUAAGGUUAUAUUUAUAUCUACCGUUGCAUUGUGCCGGAUCAUUGUCCUUGGCCGUUGAAUAAACUGUUUUUAAAAUGCAUGAUUCUUGAUGUUUUUUCUUUAGUUGGAAGCUCUAAUCCAGUCAUUCCUGAUACUAAGCAGCUCAAGGUUCCUACCUCUUCGUCCUUUCCAAAAGACUGCAGUAUCCCCGGUUGUGAGAGAGCACAGAAACCCUUCAGCAAGGCGAAAACUGUUCAUCUUUUUCCCCAUCCUUAAAAGUCUUAUCCUGAUAAUGAAAUUAUCAUUCAUCUUUAUUUAAAUGCAGGGGGUGUUUUUUCUCUUUGAAAAGUAAAACGGAAAAGCAACCCCCGUUUAUAAAGUCUCGAAAAAAAGACGAAAAAUGGUUUGUUAUGAAGUGAUUUCAGAUACUGCAUCUCUGCUAGAGAAACAGAGAGCCUCGGCGUCCGGAAAGGUUCUUAGCAAAGCUGAAAGCGUUCCUCGCUUUUCUAAAUGUGAAGGAAAAACAAGGAACCAAAAAAAUUUUCUUAAGGGGUUAUUAUCUUAAGGUGUUAUUAUGUAAAUAUAGAUACUUUUACAAGUGCUUGUUGGAAAAAAAUAAAAACAACAAACAAAACAUGGAAAUUAUAAAUAUGAUUUUUAUUAAUACGCAUACAAAAGGCAUAUGAAGUUUAAUUGCAGGCAUAUUUGUUGCUUAUUUUUGUCGAUACUUAUUACCUGUAGAUGACAAAGAGACAUAAAAUGCACACGGUACUUCUUUCCCAGUGUAUUUCACACCUGUGGUAAACGUUACGCUGGAUGUUUCAAUUAUGCUGUUGUGGAUAAGGAUGCAGUAUAUAUAUUGUUUUAUAAGUUAUGUUUUGUGAUUUUUUUUUUUCAAA